AAAAAUGUGCUGACUAUACACAAGUGAAUAGAAACUUUCUUAAAUUUGAUCAAUUUUAAGGAAAUAAAGAUAAUGAUUGAGUAUUUCUCAAAGAAACGUAUGAUAUUUGGAAUCUUCGUGCUCAUCUCUUUGACAAUCAUCGUUUUGUUUAUAGAAUCUGAAUGGGACUUAAUUACACCGAAACCAAAGAAUUUUAUAGUCGAAAACAAUUCAACUUGCUAUUUAAGAGAGGAAUACGAAGUAAUAAGUCAUUGUGCACCGUGUAGCUCAUUUGAGAUAAAACUAGCCAAGACACAGCAAGGAGUUUGUCAUCACACAAAUAAUAAGGAAGUUCUUAAGUGCCAAUCAGGAGAAAUUGUCAUCAAGUCGUGCGAUAAAGUGGCAUUUCUAGAGAAAAGAAAUUAUUACAUAUUCAUGACAUUUGCGUUCCUUAUAUCUUUAUUUUCAUUAACUGUUGUGUAUGCUCGUCAGAGAUUUAUAGAUAAGAGUUUUUUCAAGUCAGUAAAUAAUUAAUAAUCAAAAUGAAUUGCUUAUUAUUGGAACGAAAGACCGGAACAAAUGAAAUAACAAUCGAAUCUUUUAUUGCCUUGGCAUUAUGGAAGUUUUUGGACACUGAGGAACAGAUUAAAGUUCAAUUAAUAGAAGUGGAUCAAACGACGUCAUCAGUUGCUAUUAACAUUAAUGAGAUUAGCCAUGAAAACUAUCGAAAUAAUGACGAAAAGAAAUACAUUCAAUUGCCUAUGCUUAAAAUAAAUGACGGAAACUAUAACAUUAUUGGAUUAUGUUCGGUGCUUAGAGGAAUUUGUCGUCUCAUGCAAUCGUCCUCAAAAACAGGAAGUUUGGCUACUAAGCUAUUAGGUUUUAAAGAGAAUUGCCUGCUUUCAGCAUCAACUUCAAGUCUUUGGGUCAGUUUUUGUGAACAGGAUAUAAUUCAGUGCUUAAUAAAUCUUACAAAGACGACAGAUGAGAUUAUAGAAUUUCCAUUACAAAUGCUUAAAUUAGAGUGCGAAUUUAAGAAUCCGGUAAGAAUGCACAAUAUUUUCAAGGUCGUAAGAGAAGCAAAAAAGGAUCGAUCAAUUCAAAGCGAAAGCGCUACAAAAGUGGAUCUCGAGCAUAAAUAUUGUCAUGGAAAUGAAGCUAAUUUAUCGGAUUUCAUAUUAUAUGUCAUAUUCAAAUUAAUUUUUCUGACAGUCACGAAUGAAAAUGAGUUUGAAAAUAACAUCCCACACAUACUUAAAUGGUACCGUAAUAUGGAUAUGGAAUUCUCAACUUUAUAUGACAUUAUAAUGAUGCUUUUAUCUAAAGUACCUCAAAAGGAUAUUUACUUUAAAGAGGAACUGCCAAUUGUUGAGGCAAAUGGAAAAUACUUUAGUUUAUUCAAGCGGCAAUUGAUUGGACAUAAAAUGAAGAAAUGUAAAGGCUUCACAAAUCAAAAUGAAAUCGAUUUAAUUCUAUCAAAGCUGAAUGGUCUGAAUAUUGACAUAAAAAGUGAGCCAGGAGAUGAGAAUCGGAAUAUAAUAGACGACAACAUCAUUGAGGAACUAUUGAGUAGCGGUGAAUUUCCUCAAGAACGAAUGGACAGAAAAAAGUCGCAGUUGAAGAGCUUCACAAGUGAAGUUAUAAAAAUUGCACAUGAUGACGACAUUAUUGUGGAUUUUUGUUCUGGAACUGGACAUAUAGGACUGUUAAUUGCAUUAUUAUUACCUAAUUGUAAAGUAAUAAUCUUAGAGAACAAAGAAGAAUCGAUCAAAAGAGCAAUUGCCAAGGCAAAGAUACUAAAAUUGAAUAAUGUGUCAUACUAUCAAUGUAAUUUAGAAUACUUCAAUGAGAAAUUCCAAAUAGGUUGUUCGCUACAUGCUUGCGGCAUUGCGACAGAUUUGGUGCUAGAAAAAUGCUACAAACUAAUGGCUAAUUUUAUCAGUUCGCCAUGCUGUUAUGGAAAAAUACAAGAUCUAGGCAAUCUCCCACAAAGCGAAAUUUUUCGAGCAGUCUUGAGUGCCGAUGACCUCAUAAAAAUCGCUCAUUGCUCGGAUCAAACACAUGAUGAGAAAAAUGUGAAGCACAUUAAUUUAGAUAAAGCUCGUCAGGGAUAUUUCUGUAUGGAUAUUAUCGACACGGACCGAUCAUUGAGAGCUCAAGAGCUCGGCUAUACUGUUCAACUUACUCGUCUAUAUCCAGAAGAUUGUACGUUGAAAAAUCGCUUAUUGAUUGGAGUCUAUCCAAGAUAAAGUGAAAUUUUUAUUGUAAACAUUUUUUAAAACUUCUUUUUAAUUUUAUUAAUAAAACAUUUGUUUGAAAUAAACCCGGA